AUGGGAGUUGGAGUCCCCCCUCCAAAGCCGCCGGGUCUGAGCAUGCGCGGGCCUACAACACAUCACGAACACGUCAGGACGGGCCUCGGCGUUCCGCGUGAUGACGUAGAGGGGGGAACCGCGGUGCCCGAUGGGAGUUGGAGUCCCAUCCCUCCAAGGCCGCCGGUUCUGAGCAUGCGCUGGCCGACAACGUCGCGGCUCGGCGUCCCGCGUGAUGACGUAGAGCGCACACCGCGACGCCCGAUGGGAAUUGGAGUCCGACGUGCGCCGGGUCUGAGCAUGCGCGGGCUUCCGCCGCCGCGUGUCACAAUCGAUGGGGUUCGGCGGUCGCCAUGGCGACGGCUUUGGGCCUGUGUCGAGGCGCCGAGUCCCCGCCGCCCUUUGCUCCAUAUCCCUCGAAACAUAGAGACAAACAAAACUAAACCUCCGGCUCCAAUGUCCCGGAAGAACAGCAUGGAACCUUCUGGAGUCCGGACACCUUCUCCUGUGACCAUCGAUUACAACUCAGAGGAAGCAGGGACACCGGUCGAUCGGGUGCAGUCAGGGCCGGCCCCUGAGACGGCCCCAUCUGCGGCAGAGUUGGACGAGCUGCUGAGCUUGGCGGAGGAGCUGGUGAACGGGCAGAGCGGGCCGCAGGAGGCAGCAGCGGACACCUGCAGCAGCCGGGCCUCGCAGGCCUCGGGGAAGAGCGGGCCGGGGGCGGGGGCGGGAGCGGGGCCUGCCCCGGCCGAGCUGGAGCUCCACUGCCUCCUGGACCAGCGCUCCGACAGCCCCCCAACCGCCGGCAACCUCAGGCUGCGCUGCCUGGUGACGGGCCCCGGGGGUCCUUGGCUCCAGGACAGCCCCCCUGCACCCCCCUCCUGCUCCUCCUCCUCGUCCGGGAAGCGGCCUCCCUCCACCCCCGACCGGGCCCCGAGCUGCCACCCGUCUGCCGCCGCCGUCAGUCAGAUGUACCGGGCCGCAGAGUCCAUCUGGGAGGCUGAGCUGUCGGUCCUCUCCAGCCCCGACGACUACUGCCCGGCCCAGCCCCAGUCCCCCAGCCCCCAGCUCGCCAACCUCCGCGACUACCCGCCCAGCCCGGCCAGCGACCCCCCGACCAGCCCUUCCUGCGGCCGCCAGGGCCGGAAGGCAGGCCGCAGCCAGGGCCUGGAGUCGGGCCCCGGGCAAUCGGCGUGGCCCAGCACAGGGGCCAGGGCAGGCACCGGGUCUUUGGGUGGGUAUGAUCGGGAUCCCGGCUACGGGCUGGGUUCUAGCUACGGCCUGGAGGCCUGUCGGGACGUGGGGCCAGACUACAGGAUGGGGUCUGACUACAGCGUGAGGCCUACGGGCAGCAUGUGGCCUAGCCGGGGCCUGGAGCCUGACUACAGCCUGGGGCCCGGUCGGAGCCUGGGGCCUAGCCAGGGCCAGGAUCUUGACUGCGGCCUGAGGCCCGACUACAGGCCGGGGCCCACUCGGGGCAUGGGGCCUAACUAUGGCCUGGGGCCUAGUCGAGACCUGGAGCCUGACUACGGCCUGGGGCCUUCUAGGGGCAUGGGGCCUAGUCGAGCCCUGGAGCCUGACUAUGGCCGGGGGUCCGCCUACAACGCAGAGGCGUGCGACUGGACCAAGACCCAGGAUUCCGGGGCCGAGGGCCAGUUGACAGCCCCUUCCGUCUCCGCCCCAACCCCUACUUCCACCCCCCCCCCCACAGGACCCCCCCCCUCCCCCACAGCGGCAGCCGCUCCGCCUCCAUCCCGUCCCCACAACCCCGUCCCGGGCCUCGGGCCCCAAUCCAUCGGCCGCUCGGCUUCCAUCCCCAGCAGGGGCAGCUUGACCACUCAAAGCCGUGCUGCCUCCCUGGCCUCCAGCCGGGACCCCAACAGGAGCACCGCUCCCAACUCCCCGGCCACUCAAAGCCGAGCUUCUGUGCACGCAAGCCCCGGCCUGGACCCCAACAGGGCCCCCUCCGGCCCCAGCCCCUACAGGAGCCCCGCUCCCAGCUCUCCCGCCACUCAAAGCCAAGCCUCCGUGGUCACCAGCCCCAACCCCAACAGGAACCCGGCCCCCAGCAACCAUGGCCAGAGCCAACACGAGGCCCCGCUCCCGGAGGAGGGUUCGAUCAGCAGCGGGCCCGGCUCCAACAGCUCGCCGGAGAUCACCCCUCCGUCCGUGGAGAUAGAGCCCUUUCCCCUGGGCCAGUCCGGAAUGCCCUUCCUCAGGCGCUCCGAUGCGGGCCUUGUUAGCAUGCCGCCCCCCUCUCCCCGUACCCAGUCAACCACCCCGACCUCCUCCACCACCCGUCCACCCGGCGAGCGGGAACCCUCAGUCCGCCACGGGCGACCGCCUGACCCCUUCAACAUGCAGCCCAUCGACUGA